UGCCGCAUGCGCUUACAUGCUUCAUGAUUUGUUUACAUUUUAGAAGCAGUCCUUGUCAUUAAUAAAACGUUUUUAGAGUGUUUUUUUUAGAAUGUAAUUUUUUAUGUGUCCUCAAACAAAAAACAAGUGAAAGUGAUGAGUACCAAACCAAGAUUUCUAGCACCAGGUGAUAAUAUCUGGCAAGAGGAUAAAGCUGAUAUUGAUGCACAUGUCUCCACUCAAUUUGUUUACAAUGCAAAUAAUUCAUUGUCUCUUGAUGUUCAGCGCAAAAGAUUGCCCAUAUUUAAAGUAAAAAAUCACAUACUUUAUUUACUUGAAAAGUAUCAAACACUGGUUCUUGUUGGAGAAACAGGAUGUGGGAAAAGUACGCAAGUUCCACAAUAUCUAUUGGAGGCAGGAUGGAGCGCGGACGGCAAGAUAAUCGGCAUAACAGAGCCACGCAGGGUGGCGGCCACAUCGCUGGCAUCUCGGGUGGCUGACGAGCGAAACUGCAUACUGGGCGCGGAGGUCGGCUACGCCAUACGCUUCGACGAUUGUAACGACGAGACAACCAAGAUAAAGUAUAUGACGGAAGGGAUCCUAUUGAGAGAGAUGAUGGGAGAUCCGCUGCUCACCAAGUACAGCAUUAUAAUUUUGGACGAAGUUCACGAGAGAACGAUGCUCACCGACAUCAUCAUGGGUCUUUUGAAAAAGAUUCUCAAGAAACGCAGAAGCCUACGACUGGUCGUCUCGUCGGCGACGGUCGACGCCGAGGAAUUGCGCGACUUUUUCAAUUCUCGAAAGUCAUCGAGCAACGAGGACGACUUGGCGACGAUACUGAGCGUCGAGGGACGACUGCACCCGGUGGACGUGCACUACCUUGCCGAGCCAUGCGCCGAUUACGUCCAAGCUGUGGUCGACACGGCUCUGAAGAUUCAUCGGAGCGAGGAGCAGCAGCGAGGAGACAUCUUGGCCUUUCUCACGGGCAUGGACGAGGUCGACCGUGCUGUGUCGCUGCUCAAGGAACACGCCGAGAGAAUCGGUAUCGACAAACAAUUGAAACUUUUACCAUUGCCCAUGUACGGAUCGCUUCCUUACAAAGAUCAGUUGAGGGUUUUCCAGAGGGCACCGAACGACACGCGCAAAGUAAUCGUCGCCACCAACAUCGCCGAGACAUCUAUAACGAUACCAAACAUAACUUGCGUUAUUGACUGUGGAUUCGUGAAAUUGCCGUGGUUCGACGUCGAGACGCAGACCAACAGUCUGAUCGUGGCGCCGGUAUCGCAAGCCUCGGCCGAUCAACGGGCGGGUCGCGCGGGCCGCCACAGGCCCGGCAAGGCGUAUCGGCUCUACACGGAGGAGGCGUUCGCGGCUCUGCCGGUCGCCACGGCGCCGGAGAUGCAGCGAUCCGACCUCGCGCCCGCUGUGCUGCAGCUCAAAGCCCUGGGAAUCGACAACGUUUUGCGCUUCAAUUUUCCCGCGGCGCCGCCGAGCAAGAGUCUGCUGUCGGCUUUGGAACUGCUCUAUGGCUUGGGAAUCAUCGACGACGACGGACGACUGACCAAUCCACUCGGUAUGCUCAUCGCCGAGAUACCGCUCGAGCCGGUUUUUGCCAAAUGCCUCAUAGCUUCCGGUAAUAUGGGAUGUAGCGAGGAAAUAACUACUAUAUUGGCCAUGCUGCAGGUGCAAAAUGUUUUCAUUCGACCGGCCGGCGGUCAAGCUUCGAUCAAAGCUCGAAUUGCUCAUCGCAAGUUUGAGGUGGCCGAGGGUGAUUUGCUCACCUAUCUCAAUAUAUACACAGCAUAUGAAAAGAAUAAGACGCACUCUUGGUGUCAGCAAAAUUUUAUCAACUUCAAAGCCAUCAAACGAGCUACCGAGAUACGCACACAGAUGCGCAAGCUAAUAAAAAAAUUAGGACUACCCUUGCUCAAUUGUGGAAUCAACACAGAGCUUAUUUUACGAUGUAUAGCGGCAGGGCUGUUCCCUUAUGCCGCUUAUCUGCACUACACGGGGGUUUAUAGAACUGUGAGAGGAAACCGAGAUCUUCACAUACAUCCGAACAGUUGCUUGUACACGCUCGAACAACCACAGUGGGUAUUAUUUGGAGAAAUUCAACAAACUACAAAGGUGUACAUGCGGGAACUGACAGUUAUUAAACCAGAAUGGCUCGUGGAGCUUGCGCCGCAUUUUUAUCGAAGAACUGCCAUCGAUAAUGAUUGAAUUAGACUUGUGAUAAUUAACAAUGAUUAUGUACAAAAAGCAUUAAGGAAUAUUACAAUACUAUUUAUAAAAAA